AGACUGAAGUGACUGACGGCAUGGCAUUAAUAAUGUCACUCAGCGAGGAGGGAGCGUGGUAUAACAAAGGCUAAUUUCAGACUGGGUCUGGUGGAAUGCGCCAGGCUGUACACAACUAAACGUCUCAUAUUUUAUUGUAGAGGCUUGCAUCUUUCAGCCGGAGGUUUUGCGGUGAAUCAGACUUUGCAUUCAGACCCGGAUUCAAGUCAUGUAGAGGCAGACAUGAACUAAAUCUCACAUUGAAACCACAUCAUAGCAGCCAGCAGGUGAAGACUAAAACUGAAGUUUCAACAUUUCAGAGGAAGCUGUGAUGUUCUGACUAUCAACAAUGGGCAAGCGCUAUCCAGGUUCGUCGUAUCGACCAAGCAGUUCAUAUUGCUAACUUUAACCUUUAUCCUGAUCCAUUGCUGACGUCCCCCGUGACCCAUGUCUGAAGUCCUCCAAGUCGACUCAAGUGUGGAAACACUUCCAAUGUUUAUGGCAAGCCACAGCGCAACAGACAUAGUGAACAGGAAUGGUCCAGUUAGUCCUCCAAACUCUUUGAACUUGCGGUCCUCUCACAAUGAAUUACUAAAUUCAGAUGUAAAACACACUGAAACAAAAAGUGAUACACCUCCAAAAUGCCGAAAAAAAUACGCACUGACCAAUAUUCAGGCAGCUAUGGGCUUGUCUGACGCAGCAGCACAACCCCUUUUGUCAAAUGGUUCCUCAAAUAUCAAACUGGUGAAGAAUGGAGAGAACCAGUUGCGUAAAGCUGCCGAACAAGGACAGGAUCUAAACAAGAAUGUUAGUUUAGAAGAUGGCGUGAACAGGCUUUCAGAAAAACUAGAAGGCAAAGAUGAAGAUGAUCCUGAAAGCUCUGAAGUUCUUCCUCUACUUCCAAGAAGAACCAAGAGUUUCCUUAAUUAUUAUUCCGAUCUUGAAACUUCUAAAGACCUUGAGCAGAGUCUAACUAAUGGCCAUUCAGUGAAGGAAGAGGAAAACUCCAUAUGGAUCACUGGCCAAGGUCCUGGCGUUAUUACCAAUGGAGAAGUGCUGCUGUCAAAACAGAACAAGACUCCAAGUCCUGAGGAUAGUCUUGUGCUGACAGUAUCAUCUAGUCCCGAAACUAAGAAAGACCAUCCAAAGACUGGUGCAAAGACAGACUGCGCCUUGCAUCGCAUACAAAACCUAGCUCCCAGUGAUGAAGAUGCAAGUUGGACCACCUUGUCCCAAGAUAGUGCUUCACCAACAAGUCCUGAUGAGACAGCUGAUAUAUGGAGUGACCAUUUAUCUCAGACAGAUCCGGAUCUACCACCAGGUUGGAAGAAAAUUAAUGACAUUGCAGGAAUCUACUACUGGCACAUUCCAACUGGAGCAACCCAGUGGGAACGCCCUGUCUCUGCUCCAACAGAUCUCCCAGGAUCACGAAAGGGAUCUCUUAGCUCUGUUACAUCAUCACCUACUCCCGAGAAUGAGAAACAGCCAUGGAGUGAUUUUGCUGUUCUGAAUGGGGGAAAGAUAAAUGUUGACAUUUGGAAGGAUUUGCAUGCAGCCACAGUCAACCCCGAUCCAAGUCUGAAGGAGUUUGAAGGAGCCACCUUACGUUACGCCUCAUUAAAAUUAAGAAAUGGGCCACAGUCUGAAGAUGACUCAUCCAGCAUCAACAGUGACCCCGAAGCCAAGUGCUUUGCUGUGCGCUCUCUGGGCUGGGUAGAAAUGGCAGAAGAAGACCUGGCUCCAGGAAAAAGUAGCGUUGCCGUGAAUAACUGUAUUAGACAACUGUCAUACAGCAAGAACGACAUCAGAGACACAGUUGGCAUUUGGGGAGAGGGUAAAGAUAUGUAUCUUAUUUUAGAGAAUGACAUGCUAAAUCUGGUAGAUCUUAUGGACCGCACCCUCCUCCAUUCACAGCCCAUUGUAAGCAUCCGAGUGUGGGGAGUAGGCCGGGACAACGGACGGGACUUUGCAUACGUUGCCAGAGACAAGGAUACAAGAAUCUUAAAAUGCCACGUGUUCCGAUGUGACACACCAGCAAAAGCCAUUGCAACCAGCCUUCACGAAAUCUGUUCUAAGAUUAUGGCAGAGAGGAAAAAUGCCAAAGCUACGGCUUGCAGCUCAACACAGGAGAGACCACAUGCCAGCCUUGAUGUCCCACUGCAAGUAGAAUUUCCAACACCAAAGACAGAACUUGUGCAGAAGUUUCAUGUGCUCUAUCUGGGGAUGCAACCCGUUUCUAAACCCACAGGUAUGGAUGUUGUCAAUGACGCCAUUGAUAGUCUUAUGACCCCCUCAGACAAGGAGGACUGGACGCCAGUUAUUAUGAACGUGGCUGAUGCCACCGUGACCGUCAUCAAGGAAAAGGAUGAAGAAGUCUUGGUAGAAUGUCGGGUGCGUUUCCUAUCAUUCAUGGGUGUUGGUAAAGAUGUCCAUACCUUUGCUUUCAUUAUGGACACAGGCAGUCAGCAUUUUGAGACUCACGUCUUCUGGUGUGAGCCCAAUGCAGCAAGCGUUUCUGAAGCUGUCCAGGCUGCAUGCAUGCUGCGGUACCAGAAGUGCCUGGUCGCCAGGCCUCCUUCCCAGAAGCCACAGCCACCGCCACCUCCUGCAGACUCUGUGACCAGGAGAGUCACGACCAGUGUAAAACGUGGUGUUUUAUCCCUGAUUGACACUUUGAAACAGAAACGCCCGGUGGCCGACAUGCCAUAGCUACAAGACAGCAGAAGAGAUAAAGAACACUUGAAUCUUACGUGUCUACUGAAGUAAAAGUAGCUCUAUAACGGAGUGUACUGCGGCUCAGCCUUCCAUUAAGCUGCUGCUUUGCUCUUCAGAGAAUCUCCCUUAAUCUGAUGUUUGACAAGCAUGUUCUCGUUCUGACACCAUGGCGUACUACAAAAGAAGCAUGAAUAUAGAUAUAUAUCUACUCAUACCUUUUAUUUUUCACACUCCUAUAAGUGGUUCUUAUCAUAUGCAUUGGAUGGUCUGUUUCCGACUGUAAAUAUGAGAAGCAUUUCAUGACAAGGUGACAUUUUCUGCACUCUCUCUCUCUCAAAUGCCAUGGAGUCCAUUGUUGUUAAGGAUUACUAAGCAUCCCAUAGCUCACUGACUCAUGCCAUCGUAGAGGAAAGUCACCAUCAUGUUCAUACAUAAAAGACGCUGUUAUCUGAUCAUUGCGGCGGUCCACGUGUCAGUGGAGCAGAUUUCUGAGCUUUCUAUUACCUGCGCUGCCAGCACUUAACCAUUAAUUGCACAAAGACAUCAUGUUGUGAACUGAAGGAGAUUAGAGGAUGGGCUUCCUUGGGGUGGUCCAAUAUUUACAUACAAGCCACCUUGUUAGUCCAUUUCAUUUCACACCACCUCCUGCUUGACUCCAUUGUAGAGAUGAUGUCUUCUAAUAGUGGCUGACAGUUCUCUUGUGAUCCCACACUUCAUACCGUGGUUAUUAGAGGAAGGGUGUCCAUCUCACACUCCGUACCAGUGGUACUGGAUCAAAUCACUUACACUCUUCGCAUAGCACACUGUUAAUAUUGCCUGACACCAGACAGCAACAGCUGCUGACACCAGACAGCAACAGCUGCUGACACCAGACAUCAACAGCUGCUGACACCAGACAUCAACAGCUGCUGACACCAGACAUCAACAGCUGCUGACACCAGACAGCAACAUAGUUGUUAGAGUACUUGUAUAGUCUUCAUGUUUUAUGCUUUGCUUUAAUUGGCAAUAUACUGGUGUCCAUGUCACUGUAUAGGACAUAAACCAUUCUAGGACUGUAUUACAGUCAUAACAUUUCAUACUAAAUAUUUCCAAGCAAAGAGCAGCCCCCAGAACAUGGCUGUAUACAAACAUAGAGUUUGCAUAUACAUUGAAUCGCUGAACUCCUUUUAUUUUUUUUCAAUUUGUUCUCUACACCAUAAUAUAUCUUCCUGGAAAGAGGAAAAAACACACAAGAGCUUCGAUAGCAAGGAUGAGUAGCAUUCAAGAUGAGCGCUGUAGACAGAGGUUUACCUAUAUUAGUUGUGCCAGCCAGGUUCAGCUCUUGGGUCAGGCGAAUCAAUUGGGUGUAGACGUGGCAGCUGCCAGCUCCAAAACGGUAGGAUUGAGUCCUCUGUGUGUGCAAGUAGAAUCGAGAGAGAAACAUCUGGAGCAGGGGCCGUACAGUAAGACAAAUCCAGAAAACAUGCAGUCAAACUGAGAUCAGUAUUGGUAUUUUAUUAAGGGCAACGCGUCAGGCCAGUAGCAAUCAGAGUUUAUUUUCUAUUAAAAAGCUCCAAAUUCUCUGCAUAGAAAUAGCUAAAUAUCAAAUUCUGUUACUAGAGGGAGCUUUUGAGCAUUCUGUCCACUGGAUUAUGGUUGUGUUGUAUGUACAUACUGUAUGCAGUAUGCUCCCUCUAGUGGUGGUUGUGUGUGUUUUAACUCUAUGCAUGGGAUUUGGAGCUCUCUAUCAGAGAAGUAUAUUCUAAAUGUUGGACCUAAAAUGAUGUUGCUUUACGAGAACACCUACAGUACACAUGGCCAAAUUUAACCCUGUUUUCAUUCAUGUGGUUUCAUGUAGAUUCUGUGUUGAAUUGUCUGCACCCUUUAACUUGACCUGUGGGCAGUGCAUAGCAGGGUCUUGUACCCUCGGUAGACAAUUUACUGUUAGUAGUGAUGUCCUUGAACAGUUUAUUGGUCCUUUAACAUAAUUUGGUUUCUCCAAGGAAAGAAAAACUCAUCUAAUUAUGUGCACAAAUUUAAUUGUAUCAGCUCAUCAACAUGAGGAGUAAAUUGCAGCCGCAUUCACUAAUUGAAUUAGUCAUUAAUUUUAUUUAGGAGAAUAAUUAUUAGACAUUUAAUUUUUUUUUCUACUUAUUUGCAGUCUAAUGAGUUGCCAGAUUUUUUUGGGCAGGUUUGCAGAUGACAAAUUGUCUGACCUUCCUGUGCUCAACCUGAUGUAUCUUCAUCAAACUGAAGGCAAUAACAUUUGUGGAAGUGCUCCUUCAUAUUCGUAUACCUGCUUUGAAGCUAGUGUGGACUACAGCAAUGGUAAUACCUAUGAGGGCUGCCUGGUUUAGAAAACCCAUGUUCAUAUAACAGGGGUUCUGUUUAGAUAGGAUCCUCAUUUAUCAGAGCAGAGAAUGUCUGGAGGACUUGGCGCAUCUGUGCAUGUCAUGGAAAGCCAUAGAUUUCAGUGAGAACUGUGUAAUGCUUUAUUUCCCCUGUGGUGGCACUGUUGGGAAAUGUCAUGCUUGCGGCUAGGUUUCUUCACAGAUUACAGCUGAUUGCUGAGGUUCCAGCAGUGGGACAUCUUAGUAUCUAGGUAUAAAUUUAGUAUCAGAAAAAAUGUUUGAGCCAAUGCCCCUAAGUCCCAUUCCCGUGGUAAUGAUACUUGUUAUAUGCAAACCAUUAAUUUCAGUAAAUUGCAUUCUGAGGAAUGCUUCUGUGGAUUAGCACUUAGACUGGUUGUCACUCGUAGAGUGCCGUUAACCAUUACCAAGGAAGGAGAAAGAAACUUGGCUACAGUUAUGAAAGAGCACAGUACAGUAGUGGUAAAAUUUAACCCAAAGUGUCUUGUGACUCAGGUAGUAUAAGAUUUAAUGUAAGGCUAGUUUCACACUGACAACCAGGUGUUAUUGCCGGGGAAGUCUCGCACUGCAUAGAAUAAAGUAUGACAUGGUAGCUUAGAUGGACCAGGUCCUCAGAGAGAAAGCUGCUCUUACAUAGCAACUCUCUGACAGGUUCGUAGAUGGGGAUAUGAUGCCCAUGUGCCCUAAUGAAAGACUUUAUGAACAAUCAUAGGAAUCUAAUAAAACACAGUUAUAAAAAAAAAGAAAAUUAAUAGAUCUACUUAUUAAAUUAUUAAACUUUGUCAAAUGCAGUGCAAACUAUGAGAAGUAUGUUAUAAGGGGAGGAGCUGAGAAGAUUGAUCUUUAGUUUUGUAGGAAAAUAUUUAGUAAAACUUAUUCAAUCAAAUCCCUCCUAUUUCUAUGUUUAGGAGUCCAGUGGGCGGUCCUAUGGUCCUAGUGAUUGACAGCCUUUCCAUAUCGAAUGAUUGCCAGUUAUUGUCACCCAAAGUAACUUAAAAAAAGUAUAAAAAAGAUUUUACAGAUGA